AUGGAGCGGGAGAGGAAUGGCGGUGCGGCGGCUGUGUGUGAAGAGAACAACUUCUUCUACCACGACGACGCGCAGCAAAAGACUGUGAUCAGGCUGGGGGUGCCGAACUCCAAGAACCGGUCUAAAGCCAUGCAGCUGGCAUCCAAAUUUGUCGGAGUGACCUCGGUGGCGACCGCCGGCGAGGACCGGCUGGAGGUGGUAGGAGAAAGCGUCGACAUCCCCUGCCUGAUCAACCGCCUGCGCAAGAAGGUCUGCCUAGCCGACAUCGUUUUGGUGGAGGAAGUGAAGGACAAGAAGAAGGAGGAGGAGGAGAAGAAGAAGAAGGAAGAAGAAGCCAAGAAGAAGAAGAAGGCGGAAGAAGAUAAGAAGAAGGUGGAAGAAGCGAAGAAGAAAGCGGAAGAAGAGCUCAAGAAGCUCUGGGGGGCGUGCCCGCCGCCGUACUACGGCGGUUAUUACCGCGGGCCGCCGCCGCCGACGCCGACGCCGACGUUUGUAUGCGAGGAACAGCCAGAAGCAGGCUGCCACAUCAUGUGA